GCGUUGCUACAUGGCAGAUGUGAAACACGCCAUGUACAUGGACAAGACCAACUAUGUCUACCUGACAUUCUUCAUUCUUCAAAUCAAUCCUGUCUGACGUACAAGUUGCAGUGAAGUCAUUUGAGGGAGAGCAAACAGAUCCUGUCAAGCUUUUGGACAAUCUGGUACAUCUCUUAACAUCAAUUUGCAGCAGAGUAGUCAACCCGAAGGCAAAAAUUGAUGUCCUGAAGGAUGGUAUUGAUGGACAUCUCAAUCCAUCACCAUACCUUAAGUACCGUUUAGAGAGCACGGUGUACCAACUCAGUCUUGCGCCAGAGGACAAAAUGAUCAUUCGGAGACAGUGCAUCAACUACAUUGUUGCUUUAAGCAAGGAGCUGCAAGCAAGGCUCCCAGACAACCUUGAAGCCUUGCGACACCUGGCCUUGUUCAGUGUUAAGGAAACGCUAAAGCACAAUAAAGGCACCACUGAAAUUAUUAAAGUAGCUGAGCUACUGGGAUACCAGCUCCAAACAAUUGAUAAAAUUGUUUCCCAAUGGAGAAACAUCCAUCUGUUUAGGUGGGACUCAACUGAAAAUACAGUCGAGUUUUGGAGUGAAGUCAAUAACUACACGGACUCUUCCGGGUCAAAUCCAUUUGAAGAACUGUUCAAAGCUGCACUCGCUGCCCUCUCCUUGCCACACUCAAAUGCGGAGGUUCAAUGGCUGUUCAGCCAAAUGAUUGUGGUCAAGUCAAAGUUAAGAAAUAGAAUGUCACUGUACAAUCUCAACUCCAUACUCCUGGUGCGGUAUGGACUGAAGCUGGCUGGUGAUACCUGUUACCAGCAUAAACUACGAAGUGAAGUUCUGCAGCAGUUUGGCACCACAGCAGCAUACAGCUUUAAGGCCACUCCAUCCUCUACUGCUGGUUCCAGCUCCGUGACAAUGCAGUUGGACAGUGAAGAUGAAGAGGAUUUCCUUGCCAAUCUAUGAUUCAUCAUAUUUACAGUACGUAUGCAAGGAGUGGACUUUCUGGAACUGGUGGAGACACACAGCUGAUGGUGGCAGUGUGUACUGCAGUGUGUGCGAGAACAGUGGCAAUAUCUGGAGGAAACCAUUGAGCAGCUAGCCAGCCAAGCAGCACAACAAC